AUGAGGAUUUCCACAUGUGUUUUCUGCCUCGUUGUGGGCAAUGUGUCAGCUGUGGGCCUCGCCGAGGGAUCCCCCGGCGCCUCCCUCCUGGGAGCGCUUUUUCGCCCUCUGGACGCUUUGAACCUCCAGUCUGCCUUGAGUCCCUCUUCCAGCAUUUUGAGAGGCAACCGCCCAGUUGCUUCCAGUGAAACAAAGUCUUUCCUCCCCAAACAGGGCGAUAUAUCUCUGCUGGACUCCGCCAACACAUUAGAGCUCCUCUCCAGCAUUAGACUGCCGCGACAGUCAGUGACUGAUUAUCUUCAACGAAAGACUACUGGAUUUUCCAACAGAAACUUCACGAUAGUCUCUGCUCUUUUUGGUGACGAAGUGGCUGACCAAAGGCUUAAGGAUGCAUUGGGACCGCCGGGGACUACACACUUGGAGCAAAAGGGAGACGCCGCUUCCCGUGACGCCAAAAGGCGUUCUCACACAACGGACCCGAGGCUUCGUAGUGUGAAUGAGGCAUUGGGACUUCACGGCUUUCCUCCACUGCCUUACUUUCCGCCAUUUCUUAAUAGUGGUGCCAAGACGGUGGAUGGCAAUGACCCCGUAGAGCAGCUACUCGAGCGCAUCAACAGCGGCCGCGGACUUCCGGAGACCGUUAUCAACGAAUUCUCUUCGGAAGAGUACAGCUCUAUCCGCCCCUCGUGGCACCUGCCUUCAACAAGCAACCCUUCCCCCAAUAGGGGCCUAGCCAACAGCCCGUGGCCGAUUCCCCACAGGAACAGUGCCGCUCAAGGAAGCACGACUCUCCGAGGUCCCGAUGGGACCCGCCGUUUAAGCCACAACUUUUUGAACCGAGCGAUGGUAACCUCCAACCCAAUCACCCUCUUUUACACGGCAGACGAGAAGUACCUUUGGGGGAGCAGCUGGACCACCAUCUUCAAAGUUGCACGCACCAAGACUUCCUUGGCCAUUGUAGACUUCGUGAGAAAGAGAGUUGAGACGAUAAUGGAAGAUAAGUUUCAUGGUGCAUACGCACUCCUCACGCAGGAGGGCGUCUUCGUUGUCUCGACAGGAAAGCGUUUGGAAGCCUACUACGACGUGCCCAACUCCAAUGGCGACCGUAUUAUGAUGCACCCUGAGACCUUCACCCUUCAAUCGGGCCUUCAGGGUCUUCAAGCAGAGGCUCCUCGUUCCCAGGAAGUCUUCCGCGCUCUGUGCAUGACCCAUGACGGGCACAUUGCUUGGGUCACUGACCUAGGCCGCCUGGGAAUACUGAGCCGUCACGUGCAAAAUGGAAGCUUUCGCAAGGCUCUUUCCAGCCUAAUGCUGGGAGCUGCAAAGCGUGAAGGAUCACCAGCUAAGACAAGUAGGACUUUAACUCCAGACGGCGUAUCGGGUCCAUCAAAUGGCUCUGUCAGUGCUUCUGAAGAUAUUGAAGUGUCAAACAACAUUGCUUGCGAUGACCAGGGCGGGAUUUACGUGGUGUCCUCCAAGUAUAUGCACAAGGCCAAGUGGGAUGGGGAGAAGCUUACCGUGGUUUGGGAAGAACCCUACGAUCUAGAGCCCGGUCUAGGAGGGACGGCCCCCGUGCGCCUUGGCGAGGGCUCGGGCAGCACUCCUACCCUUAUGGGCACUGCUGACCGUCGUUAUGUUGUCAUUACAGACGGAGCAAAGCUAAUGAAUCUCGUAGUUAUGAACGCGCAGACGGGGAAGGUGGAGGCUCGACACCCCAUUACAUUUGGGGACCCAAGUGCUAAGGAAACAACGAGCGAGCAGUCUGUUUUAGUUCAUGGCUGGCGCAUGGCCGUUGUAAAUAAUCAGCCCACAGAAGAAACACGAGUGUCUACAAACUUCUUACACUACCUUGGAAGCCCCACGACUUUUCUCGCCGGACUCAGUUCUUCAGGCAACACAUGGUCGCGAUGGAACGAUACCGUUGCAGCGGCGUUCCCCGUCAUUGUUGGGGAUGCCCCCAAGGGCGUUGAGCAAUUCGAGUAUGACCCUGACACGAGGAAGAUCCGCUCCGUGUGGGUUAACAAAGAAGUAUCGAUCCCCAAUGGCAUCCCCGCCAUGAGCGCAAAGUCACAACUCAUGUAUGGUGUGGGCAAACGGUGCCCUCUUGGAGGUGACGCCGCUCCGUUGAGAGGCAUGUGGACCCUUGAGGCCCUCGACUGGUGGACCGGGGUAAGCAAGUUCCACUACAACAUCGGAGCUGGCCCGAUGAGUAACUCUGUAUAUGCCGCCACCCAGAUAGGACCCAACGAAAUCAUCACAGGAACGGCUGGGGGCAUCGUCAGGAUAAGGGAAGCAUUAUAG